ACCUUUGAACACCUCCAAGCCCCAAAUGUUAACUCUCUGCCUUUUACAGAAGUUUCCUCAGCCCAUGUUAUCAAUAUAUUGUACCAUUGAGGGCUUUUUGGACAAUCGUAAAACUAAAAGGACAGGGACUUAAAUGUAAGCUAGAACCAAACCCAGGGCGUCAAAAGAACCAGGAGACGAUUGUGAACAAUUCUACAAUCUAAGCGCCUUGAUUGUUCAUUGGACACAGGGCACGUCAAUCCUCACUUGUCAGCAAAUGAGCUCAGAGCUCGUGACGAGGGGGCACGUCCUAUUGGCUACUCUUCUGGCCCCGCCCCUCCUCUGUGACCUAGGGGAAUCUUUUGUGUCAGGCCUGGCUCCACUGCCAUCUGAGGCCCAGCUUUCGGUGGGACGCUCCCGCCGUUGGCUGCCUACCCUCCCUGUCGUGGGGCCUCCUCUCUCGUCCUCUCAGUGGCCGCCUCGUCCCAUCCUGCCACCCUCAGCCUCCCCUCAGGGCAGCCACUUCAGGCUCCACCACCUGCGCUGUUGCCGUCAUCACCCGUCCAAUUGAGGUAACUGCCCAGUGCCAUGUCCACCACGAGAGGUGGAGAUCCAGGCCCUGAUGGGCAGGAAGACCCAGCAGGCAUGGCUGGGGUGCAGGCCGGACCGUCCAGAGCCCUCGAAGGUGUGGACCGCAACUCCGGGCCUCGCAGGGGUGAUGCCUUGGCUGGGGCGGGCGGAAUCGCCGAGGCCUCAGGAAGCCCAAGGGAGGCGGCCCUGGAGGGCGGGAGCGCUGAGGAGGGGGAAGAGGAGGCAGGGAGCCUGGACCUCACGGUGGAAGCUCACCACUUUCCCAUGGCUGGCUUCCGCUUAACGUUACUGGACCUGGUGCACUCCGUGCUGAACCGCAUCUGCUACAACGACUACAUCCUCAUCUGGCCCCACAACUGCCACGUGUCGGCCCAGCACCGGGCCCGGCAGCACUCGUCCAAUCAAGGCUCGGCCGCGGUGGCCGAGUUCUCUGAGCCCCAGGUGCCGUCGGAUGGACCGGGGGAGGGGCCGGCGGGGAAGGCCCCAGCCCAGGAGGUGGAGGAGGCGGAGGAAGCCGAGGAAGCCUCUUUAUGGGAGACAGCCGCCGAGGAGUCCGAGGAGUCCAGCUUGUGGGAAAUGGCGCAGGACCCGGCCGCCCCUGAGGAAAUAGCUAAGCACCAGGAUGAGAACUCCAAAAAAGAGGUCCAAGACACUGAAAGUGAGGGGAAAGAAGAGAAGUAUAACAAAACACAAGAAGAACCAGAAAAGAAUCUGGACCCAGCAAAGGACAAGCCCAGAAAAUCCAGUUUGGAGGACUAGAAAGAUGGAGAAAGGAGGAUCCUGAUUUUCAGGGUUUUCAUUCUGCAGAAGCCCAUGGGAAUGUUAAUGCUGAUUCCAUCCCAAAAUUCAUUUCCCUAACAGUGAUAUCCAAUAACAUGGCUUUUAUCAUCUACAGAUAUGUUUGAGAGUGUUUGUUCUAGUUAAAAAUAAGUUUGUUUUACAUUAAUAAACUGAAAUGCAGGCAGAUUUUGUUUAGAUAAAUAAU